GGCGCACACACACUCACACACACACACACGGGCAAUGGAAUUGGAGUUAGUCCUGUAAUCUAAUCCCUUUAAAACCUCGCUUGGCGUCAGUGCUCCUAUAUUUGGAAGCUGCCCUUGAAAUAACCCGGCAAGUCGGCUAAUGUUCCAUUACAUGCAGUGUUUGUGUUAGUUUCUUUUUGUUCUCCGGUUGUAUUUCCUUUGAGGAAAACAUAUUUCCAAAUCUCUGCAUCUGGUGGAUAUCGCCCGGGACAGGAAUGCGAGUUUAAUUACUGUUUCGUGGUCUACACCUACUGCUCUGAAGAUGUAUUGGUUGCUGAGGCAUAAAAGCCGGGCGCUGAGCCUGUGUCUGCGGUGUGGCCACCCCAGGUACCAGCAUCACACGGCCAUCUUGGCGUUGCGGAGGGAGGACAUCAACGUGUGGGAGCGGCGGGCCCCCUUGGCCCCCAGACACAUCAAGGAGCUGACGAGUGCCGGCUACAAGGUCCUGGUGCAACCAUCCAACAGGAGAGCCAUCCACGAGAAGCAUUACAGGCAAGCUGGAGCUAUUAUCCAGGAAGACAUCUCUGAAGCAACAAUAAUUAUUGGAGUAAAGAGACCACCAGUGGAGAAACUGAUACCCAGGAAAACCUACGCCUUCUUUUCACACACAAUCAAAGCCCAAGAGGCCAACAUGCCCCUUCUGGAUGCGAUCAUUGAAAAGGAAAUUCGUCUGAUUGAUUAUGAGAAAAUGGUUGACAGCAAAGGGACUCGAGUCGUGGCGUUUGGUCAAUGGGCAGGAGUUGCCGGCAUGAUCAACAUUUUGCACGGUUUGGGACUGCGAUUCCUCGCGUUGGGUCACCAUACACCCUUCAUGCAUAUUGGCAUGUCCCACAAUUACCGGAACAGUGCCCAGGCUGUCCAGGCGAUACGGGAUUGCGGUUACGAGAUCUCCCUGGGGUUGAUGCCCAAGUCCAUUGGACCCGUCACGUUCGUCUUCACCGGGACCGGCAACGUCUCCAAGGGAGCACAAGAAAUCUUCAAUGAACUUCCUUGUGAAUUUGUUGAGCCUCACGAACUUCGAGAUGUUUUCCGAUCCGGAGAUCAGAACAAGAUUUACAGCACCGUUCUAAGCCGUCACCAUCAUCUUGUUCGAAAGAGUGAUGGCAAAUACGAUCCCGUGGAAUAUCAGCACCACCCUAAGUUAUACACCUCACGCUUCAGCACUGAUAUUGCUCCAUAUACCACUUGUUUGGUGAAUGGUAUUUACUGGGAACCAGAUACGCCACGAUUACUUACCCGAACGGAUGCACACAGUUUGUUAGGACCUGCCAAAAUAUUGGACCCAGCUCAUGAUGGUUCUCCUGACCUGCCCCACAGAUUUUUGGCUAUCUGUGACAUCUCUGCUGAUACAGGUGGCUCCAUUGAGUUCAUGACUGAGUGUACCACCAUUGACAUGCCGUUUUGUAUGUAUGAUGCAGAAAAGCAGACAAUCCACGACAGCUUGGAAGGCAAUGGGAUCCUGAUGUGUUCAAUUGACAACCUGCCUGCUCAGCUUCCAAUCGAGGCCACCGAAUAUUUUGGAGACAAGCUUUGCCCGUAUUUAUGGGAGAUGCUGCCUUCGGAUGCGACCCAACCCUUUGAAAAGGAGAGUAGUUUUACCCCAGUCAUCCGGAAUGCUGUAAUCGCGUCCAAUGGCGCACUGACUCCCAAGUUCAAGUACAUACAAAAGAUGAGGGGGAAAAGGGAAUCUGCUCAGAUUCGGACGAUGAGUCCAAAAGGGCGAGUGCUAUUGCUUGGUGCCGGCUAUGUGUCUGCGCCAGUCCUGGAGUAUUUCACCCGCGACACUGAUAUAGAGGUGACUGUCGCGGCAAUUGAGACAGACCAGCUGGAAAAACUGGUUGCAAACCACAAUCACACCACUCCUGUUACACUGGAUGUGCAGAAGGACCGUAGCAAAUUCUCCGAACUGGUCAAAUCACAUGACAUUGUAAUCAGUUUGCUGCCUGGUAAUUUUCAUCCCACGGUGAUGGAGGAAUGCAUCAAACAGAAAGUAAACAUGGUGACUGCAAGCUACCAGUCUCCCGAGAUGACGGAAAUGCACCAGAGUGCGCUGGACGCAGGCAUUACAAUUUUAAACGAGGUCGGUCUGGAUCCGGGGUUAGACCACAUGCUGGCCAUGAACCGUAUCGAUGAAGCGAAGGAACAAGGUUCAACAGUAGAAUCGUAUCAGUCUUUCUGUGGAGGGCUCCCAGCUCCUGAAUGUUCAGACAACCCUCUUGGAUACAAGUUCAGCUGGAGCCCAUCAGGAGCUUUGUUAAACAUCAUCCGCCCGGCCAUUUUCUUAAUGAACGGAGAGGUUGUGGACAUCGCAGCCGGAGGGGCAGUACUUGACCACGCUCGGCCGAUGAGUUUCUUCCCAGGAUUUAAUUUGGAGGGCAUACCGAACAGAGACAGCAUCAAAUACGGCAAGCCAUUCGGUAUCGAGUCAGCCAGCACUCUGUUGCGAGGUUCAUUGAGAUACAGGGGAUAUGCAAAUACAGUGAAAGGCUUUCACAAGAUCGGACUCAUCAACCCUGAUCCAUGUCCCCUCCUCUCUCCUGACGCUCCUCCGAUUAGCUGGAGGGAGCUGAUGUGCACGCUGGUGGGAAUCCCACCGUCCAGCAGCGUCCAGAGUCUCGAGGAAGUUGUGUACGAAAAGAUUGAAAGAGAUGAGCACAGAAUGAACACGUUGAAUUGGCUCGGGCUGUUCAAAGAUGAGCCGGUGGAGAAAGGACGCAGUCUUCUCGAGUCUUUUGCAAAGCACAUUGAGCCCAAACUUUCUUACGCUCCUGGUGAGAGAGACCUGGUCGUGUUGCGGAACGAUGUUGGGAUUAGACACCCCUCGGGCCAACUGGAAACCAAGCACGACAGUUUGGUGGUCUAUGGUGAUGUUGGCGGCUUCUCGGCAAUGGCCAAAACUGUUGGCUUCCCAUGUGCAAUUGCAGCCGAGAUGGUCUUGGAUGGUGAAAUUACUACCAAAGGAGUGUUUGGACCAGUGACCAAAGAUAUCUACAAACCAAUCCUAGAUCGUAUCAAAGCUGAGGGAAUUGUGUACACUUCCACCACCACUUGUGCAUGAAGACCUUGUGUGACUGGGAACUAGAACGGAAAUAUUUUGUUUGCUACAGAUUUUAUUCUUCCAAAGCAAUAGUAAUGUUUUUAAAGUGUAAAUUCCAGGUGACUACUCUGAAAUGUAGAUGCUGUUGACCUUUCUGGGCCAUUCAUUUAAGGAUGUUUCCUACAUGUUCAUAAUGCGAGCGAGUUGUUUAAUUAAAACAACGUGAUAAUUAAUGAUUGAACCUUAAUCAUUGACGGAGAUUGUAAUUUGUUUGUUGAUAAACCAAGAUGCCUUUGCAAAAGGUGUUAUGGUGCCAAUCUGCCUUUGAGCUCGGAAUGUACCCCCCAUUAAACUGCAGCUUUCUUGCAAGUUACCAUUCA